GUACGUUCGCGUAAAAACCGCACGACUAGUGCUCUUGGGUGUAAGUAUAAAGGCGACGCAACGUCCAUCUUUUCAUCAAUACUGUAACGUUACUCCAUGCUAAAUACGUGUGACUAAAUAUUUUAAACAAUGCAUACUUUGAUUCUAUUUUUAUUUUGCUUACUGGGGAUGAGUUUUGCGCAAGGUAUUUCAGAACUUAACAAUGAAUUUAGCGAAGCCCACAGGAGAACAGGUGGAUAUGGCUUGCUAAGACCCGGCUAUCCGAAUUACUCGGGAGGAUUUGGAGGUUAUCCAGGAUAUAACACAGGAUACAAUAAUGGAGGUUACGGCGGAAGUUACAAUCCCGGCUACGGAGGUUCUGGAGUAGGGUAUCCGAAUCAAGGCGGUUACCCCGGUAACUAUCAAGGUAAUCGUCCCAACUACAGGCCAGGCUACGACGGUAGACCAGGCUACAAUUAUCAGUCAACCGGCUAUCAGGGUUACAGACCAGGAUAUAACCAGUACAGGCCCGGUUUCGAUCGGCCUUACCAGGGUUACAACGGAUACUUUGGCGGUUACAAUGACAAUCUGGGACUGUUGGGACGAAAAGUGUCAGAUAUAAAAAAAGAUGACGCCGAAGCAUAGGUUAAGAUAAAAACUAAACUAAAUAUAGAUUAUACUUAAAUAGCUUUAUUUAUUAAUUUUAAUUUUAUGUAAUAAAAUAGCGUUAUACUAUAUUUACUUAUUAUUAUUUUUGUCAGUAUAGACCGGCAAUUGUUUGAAUUUAGUUCGCUAUAAGUACACCAAAAAAAAGAAAUCUUUCGGCAUCGGAAAUCAAGAAUAAAAAAAACAAUUAAGUAUUACAAAGAUUUAUUUGCACUUACAAUAAAUAAACUUUAAAUAAUAAAUAAAACAAUACGAUUCCUAUAGUUUAAGAGCCGCUAAACCAGUCCGACGUCAUGGAAUUGAAGAACGAGGCAGCUCCUGACCUAGCGUUCGCAAAGUUGAUAGGCAAGGAACUUGUCAUCAGUUCGGAUAUAUCCGAUUUCGACUUGCUGGGACUGGUUGCAGUGACUGGCUUCUUCUUAACCUGAUAGUAAAAAGUGUUCAUUAAAAAACUAAAUAUAAAAUAUAAUUGCGAUUUACAAAAAAUAACUCAUCACGUCCUAUUCCUGUAAUACAAUUAAAUAAGCAUUAUGUGGAAAUGAAUAAGUUUCGAGUUAACUGAUAUAAUACAUAUAACGAUAACAGCUUUUUAAAUUAAGUGAUGAUGACGUCGCAGUCGAUGUUAACAACUGAACAUGGAUUCAUAUACCUAGCCUAGCGCAAUCACUGUAGAACUCGUUUUUUUUAUAUUAUAACCAAUGCUUGACUAUCCCACCUGCUGUUAAGUGGUAAUACAACCGAAAAUGAAAAAGUGCACUGACUUAGCCUAACAGAAGGCUUUUUAUUCUUGCCUUGAAGACAUCCACGUGGUAGAGCCACGCUGCAGCUAUAUAGCUAUAUAUUAUGAUUGUAGCACGAAUGGGACGGCUCGACCGAGGAAGCACCACGCUUUCACAGAAUACCAACGUAAAAUUGCAGCUUAAUGUUGCUGUGUUCAUAGGGUGGGUGUAGAGAACCGGAGGCCCUUUCUACUGGAAACGAGGCAUACAAUCUUAGUCCUCAGGGGUGACAACGUAUCUGCAUUUUAAUUCUUAAUCGAUGUGUAGAUGACUCUGGACCACAGCAUCCACUUACCAUCAGGUGGACUGUGUGCUCGCGUGUAACCCUUAUUCUAUGAAAAAAAAUCCCACAUUGUCAUCGUGGUAUUACAAUAUCAUACAUAUCAGACCAGUUAAAUGCCCAGACUGUUAUGGAGAAGCGUGAAUAGCGCCAGACGUAUUGGACAGUGAUCGACAAUUUAACUAUGAAGCGGGUCCCUUUCGUCAGUUUCUGGAAUUGGAAUAGUGUCGGCGUAAGAGAAACAACUACCCCCAUAUAAUCCAAUAGAUGUCGUAGGAGGCGACAGAGGGAAACUGAAACAUGGCAGAUAGCGGGAAAGGCAGCAGCAUCUUCCUGAUAAUUACAUCUCAAAAUAAUGAAAAACUAUGGUCGCCAAACCGACAGCCAAGCGUGGCAACUAUGGCAAUCCCCCUUAUGAGGCAACGAAUGGGGGAGCCCUUUGCUCAGCGAUGGACUUUAGAUAGGCUCUUAUGAUAAUGACCGUUUUAGAUGAUUUUUUUCGUGCAGGUGGGGUUAGCGUUUAUAGAAUAUUCGUAAAUUGGCACAUUGCCCCUAACUUUUUCUUAUUUCAAUUGAGGUGUCAUUACAAUUAUAAUUUAAUGACGGUUCAAUAUCGCAGUGGCUAUAUGCUUGACAGAGGCGCUUCGUGGCCGCAAGUUGUUUGUCCAUGUGAAAUGAUCCAAAGAGAGAAACUUAAUAUGGGGGCAACAGGUUUAUACAAAUAAAAAAUAUAUAAUAUAUUUCAUUUGUGACUACUGCAUGCAUGUUACAGUUCUUAGUGAUGACAAUAUUAGAUAUCCACACACAUUACUUGGUGAUAAGUCACAUGUUGCAAUUUUAGUGACAACAUUAUUAGAUACCCACGCAUACUAGUUGUCGAUAAGUCACGUGAAAAUUUUACCUUGUUGAUAUAUCCUUACGACUUAAAUUUAAGCACUUUUAUUAUGUACGAUUUGUUACAUUUCAGUACUGUAUAAUAUGUAAACUGUAUUUGUUUAUUAAGAUGAUUAUAAUAAAACUUAACAU